CGUGACUGACGCUAAAUGAAUGAAUGCAUCCGUCCAGCCCGAGUCGCGUGUCUCGAGAGCAAACGGCCGCUCCACGCGCUGAUUGGCCCCGUCUGUCCCGCUUUCCGGAGAAUCGUUGUCCCGCCCCGUCGAAAUUUUUGGAAGACCGCUUGCCCGAAAUUUCCAUGGCCCUUGGUUUUGGCCCGCCGAACUCCCAGUGAACUUCUCUUCACUCACAAUCCCCGGAACUCCCACAAUGGCCAAAUCAAAGACUCUCGUCAAAUCCAAGAAGGAGGAAAAGAAGCCUGUCGAGGCUCCUCUCACCACAAAGGUCGCCAAUGGCACUCCAUACCAGCUAGACCCGGCCCAAGUAGAAAAGGCGGCGGCGGCUCUUGUGUCGCAUAUGCGCAAACAUGCCCAGGCCCAGGAGGAGAAGGCUGGCAAGAAGAGUUUGGUAGCCGACGAGGAUGACGCAGAGGAUAACGACCAACCCAUCUUUCUCAACGUUGCCACAAAGACCCAUGUCCACGACAGCCAACGCUUGAAGCCCACCAAACUACCCCUCCCCCACCCCAUCAUCGGCGACAACGUCCGGAUAUGCAUCUUCACCAAAGACCCGCAGCGCGCCUACAAAGACCUGGUAGCCUCCGACUCGUUCCCCGCACCCCUCCGCUCCAAAAUCGGCCGCGUCCUCGGCCUCGACAAGCUCAAGAAGAAGUACAAGAGCUACGAAUCCAAGCGCCAGCUGCUCGCCGAAUACGACAUCUUCAUGGUCGACGACCGCAUCCUCAAAAUCGCCGCAGACUUCCUAGGCAAAACCUUCUACGGCACAAAAGCGAAACGCCCCCUCCCCAUCCGCCUCACGGCUGGCGCUCCGUCCCCGGAAAAAGGCAGCGCGAAGAAAGCCGAGAACAUGGUGGGCACGCCGCAGGGCGUCGCGAAGGAGAUUGAAGCCGCGCUGCACGCUACAUAUGUCAGCAUGAGCCCGUCGCUCAACACGUCCAUCAAAGUCGGCACCCUCUCCAUGACGCCUGCUCAGCUCAAGCAAAACAUCGAAGCCGUCGUCGAACGUCUCGUCGACCGCCACAUUGAGCACAAAUGGCGCAAUGUCCGCCGGUUGGAGAUCAAAGGGCCCACCACCAAAUCCCUGCCUAUCUGGCUGUUUGACGAAAUGUGGACCGACGAAGCGCAGGUCCUCGAGCACGCUCCCGUCCUGGGUCUCGGCAACGGCGGCGACAAGAAGGGCGAGAAGAAGAGGAAGUGGGAUGAGUGGGAGGAGGAGAUGCUGGACGAAGAGGAGCUGGCGCAGAUCAAGGAGAAGCGCGCGCGCAAGAACAAGUCGAGCAAAAAGGAAGCGAGUGGCGACGGCGGUGCGGGCGCGAUCAGCAAGGAGAAGAGGAGCAAGUUGAAGAAGGCGGCGUUGCAGUCUGUGCCCGAGGCUCUGGUUGCUUCGUCGUGA